GAAGAACUGAGCAUCAGAGAAAUGAAAACGGAGUUUAAAAGGAAAGUUACAAUUUGGAUAUCAAAAGUGAAACAGGAAGUUUGGUUUGAAAGGCAAUCCUUUUAGGUUUUUUUAUAUUCCAAGAAUUAGUUCAGAUGGUCCAAAAAGCUUGCCUCCUUUUUUCCGUCAGACGUCAGUUUUAGUUGUUGCGAACCGAAUGAUUGACGUUAUCGAUCACAUUGCAACGGGACCGAAAUUUUGCAAAGUGUGAAACUCAGCCGACAUCUCUUACUUUAGAACAUUAAGACAGACUUUAAUUUGGUUCGUUUUUUGUUCACUUCAUUUUCAAAACACCAUUUUUUGUCUUGCAGGUUUACUCUGAUGGCUUCUGCUCCAACAUUAGCUCCAUCCACUAAGGAGUCGACUAAUUAUGCAAGAUUAUGUCGCCUUUUAGUGGAUGGAGGAACCAAGGCCUUGAGAUACACCUUUGACAAGUACCACUCUCCAGCAAACCUGUUUAAUGUUUUGAACGCUGGUUCUGCAGAACAUUCAACUCUGCAGUCCAUUAGAAAGAAGAAAAUCAUCAAUGCCACCCAGUGGGGUAAGCUGUAUCCCUCUCCUCCUUCAUCUGUAACAUCAGGAGACUUUGAUAUCACCCUGUUGAUGGUGCUACUGAGGAACAUCUGCGGUCUGACUGCUCCUGCCACUACUACUCCUGGCAGUACACACUCAUGGGACAGUCUUCCACCUGCUUCAGACACCAGUAUUGAGGCUAACAUAGCCAGAGUGAAGUACUAUAGGAACUCGGUCUAUGGGCAUGCUAAGCAGGCGUCCGUGGACGAUCCAACAUUCAAUUCAUUGUGGAGGGAUAUAAGUGCCGCACUGGUUGCACUGGGUGUAGAUGCAGCUGCUAUCACAAAACUAAAAACUGAGACUAUGGAUCCAGAUACAGAGAAGCAUUACCGAGAGCUGUUAAAAGAAUGGAAGAAAGACGAAGAUAAUAUUAAGGACCAACUUAAUAGAAUGGAAGGUAUUAACUAAUAAAGGUUUGGAAGUGUUUUCUACAGUAUUAAAUUGGUUUUUUCAAAUUUACUAAAAGAUUAGAAUAAGGUGUGGCCGGGUGGGGCUGAAAUGAAAGCUUCGAAUUGGACCAAAUAAACUUUUUCCUUACAAAACCACAUUUAGCAACCAUAAACCGACAUAUAAAGAACUACAUACAGGUACAAUUUUAUGUCUUAAGAUUCCGUGGUGAGCGAGUUGCAGUAAUGUGGACUCCCCAAAAAAAAAAAAAAAAAAAAAAUAAUAAAAAUAAAAAGCAAUACUGUCGUUUAUUCAAACAGAAUUUGUUUGGGCACGAAUCGCAGGCGAUUUAUUUUUUAUUUUUUUAGCAGUUAUUGGAUCGCCUUUCGUAUGAUCUGAAGAAUUAGGCAGAUCCAGGCGGAUAACACUCUCCGAGAUCUGCAUAAUUCUUCAGAUCAUACUCAGCCUCAUUCAAUAAUUGCUAAGCCCGUCAGCCAGUCAGUUUCCAAAACAAAAUGAAGCUAAAGUUAUUAAUUCUUUGAGUCAGGCUAACGUUUAAUAAUGUGUUUAACAAAAUGAAUUUCAAACUUCAUGACUUUUUAACUUUGCCCUGAGAAACAAUCUAUACCAUUUUCUCUUUAGAUAAAAUCAGAGAACAGAUGAGAAGUGAAAUGGAAAAUAUCAGCGCGAAGAUAACUGAGGAAGGAGGUCAGUUCCGAAUGUUAAUUCCAAAUACCGUAACUUGGACACCCAUUUUUAUUAAUAUGUAUUGCCAUCAAAUUCCAUUCAAUCAGCUUUUACUAAUAUGAUCUCGUGUAUGGAGAAGACUGUCCCUUAGAAGCUUUAACAAUUCUUUGAAGUAACAUUACUUAACAUGGGCGUCUGGAAAGUCAGGUAACCGAAGUCCGGAAAAGUAACAGGAAUAAGAACGGGAACCGGAAUAGGACACAAAAUAACAGUUGAAACCGAUAAACAUGUAAGAACAGAGACAUCAUAUAUCUUGAUUUAUUUUAAUUUUAAUAUAUUUUUACCUUGAUUAUACAGAAAGAGAGAAUAAUACCUUCUGUAAAAGUAACAUAUUUGUAGAAAUAGUUCUUGUUGGAUUUAAUAGGCAAUGUUAAAAGAGACGAUUUGCACCGAGGAUUUCUGUGUUAACAAUGUUGUAACAAUGUUGCAAACAAACAAUUACGCAAUAUAUUGUUAUGACGCUGUGUUGAACUCAAAAUAGUCCUUACGAAUCAUCCCUUGUAAUAUCGCCUUUAGCCUCAACCCUGCCCUCCCUGUAGCUUUAUAUGUCACAAGCAGGAUGUAGGAAAUAAUACAUUUAUUUUCGGUGUCAGACCACGUGUGAACAAGACCCCCAGAAGUGAUGGAUUGCCAUAAAUCUUCAGCGUUGUGGGAUAUAUAUUCUGUAUGGUACUAAAAUGUAUACACACGUGUGGUGUAUUUACCAGAAAAGACAGCUAAUAGCUUUAAGAAGGUAAUAAUCCCCCGACCCAUCCCAAAUAAGGGCACCAGCCCCGCCUCUGGCCUCAAAGUGUCACAAGUUAAAGGUAAUUAGAACGGUUAGUUAGAUUCACUUCGCAAUUAAUCACUUGCAUCUUGUGACCAUGAAAAUCUUAAAGAUGUUCCACAUCACCGGAGUUUCCAUCUCCUCCGCAUGUUAUAUUUCGUCCACAAUGCAAAUAUAGCUAAAAAGGUUGAAAUCAUCUAGCAUAGAUUAGUUCAAGAUUCGCUCAAGUACCCCACUUGUCUCGCCAGUAGCUGUUCCCUUACUUAUUAUAAUUGUACAUGUAUACAUAUAUACUUUAUUAUACUUCGUCCCCUAACAGGGCUUUUCAGAAGUACAUACAUAACUAAAUCAAAAUUAAAUAUAAAUGAAGUUGGAAUAUUUAUAACCUAAUCUCUAUUACUGUAUCCAGAUGAAUUGUUAUAGUUCUGAAAUAGCAUAAAAUGGCCUAACAUAUAUCAUGUUAAUUACCAAGAAAUUUUUCACGCAACGUUUUUUUUUUUUGCAGUUUUUUGGCAAAUUUUGAGCCUAUCGCUUAAGGCGUUCCAAAUUAGUUUAAUCCCUUGGUAAUAAAAUGAACGUUGACCAUGCAGUAGUUGUUUUAAGGAUCGGAAUAUCCAGUAACUGAGAACUCCGAGCUUAGCGGUUUGAAAUGCUAGAUCGUUUUACAAACUUAUCCGCUAAGUACCAUAGGGCCAUACCGUUAAUACAUCUGAAGACUAGGAUAGCUUUUCUAAGAUAUAGCUGUUGUCUUAUAGGUAGCCACUUAAGUUCUUUUAAUAUUUUUGAACAGUCUAGAUCUUGUUAAGACUGGUUUUAGUUGUGUUGCCCCAGACAGACGAACAGUUAAAAAGCUUACUAAAAACUAGGGCAUUGAUGAAGAUAAUCAAAGUGUGUCAAUCAAAACAAUGUUUCUCAAAUCACAUCCCCUUCUUUCGAAAUCCAACAUACCAGCGUGGGGGCAGCUUUAUUAAUUUACUUGUGAGGUUGUUUACAAAUUUCGGGAAGAUAGAAAACGAACUGAGACCUGCUCAAAAACACUUGAAAGCCCAGGCUGCACUUCCCUUUCGCCAAUAAAUAAGUAACAAAGUAAAUGUACAAACACCUAGGAUUUAAUUGAUGGAUAAAUCAAGCUAAUAUUUUUUUAUGAUGGUGGCAACUUAAUGAAUAAUAGAAUGUAACAAUCAACUAAAAAAGAGUAAAAUCAAAUAGCAUAUGAUACAAAUCAAAUAGAAACAGGCAGGAAAAAGCACAGCCAUAGCGAUCAAUGGAGAGAAAGCUUCCAGUUGGGUGGGAGGGAGGACAAAAUGGAAUAUGCAAGUGUGUUGGAAGAGUGAAGUUGAAAUGUGGCUAGCUAGUGGCAUGGGGGGUUUACAUAGGGCAAGACAGGUGAGAAUCAUGUGAUGCUGUCGAAAAUUGCUGGGAGCUUUGGCAAAAAUUUUAAUAUUGUAAAAGUAAAAGUACUUUGAGCUAAAAAAUGAGCUAUUGACUGUUGUACGAGCCUUGAUUGCAAAAGUGAGGAGAGUAGACAACAAUGGGGACAAGUGAGGAAAGGACUAGUACUGCCUUAGGGCUCAUUAACCACGGUUUAGAGCUUUAUUAAACACCUAUUAAACACCUAUAACAUACUUUAUGCCCUAUUUCUUAGCAGAAUGUGAUCAUUUAUUGCGUCUUUUUUCUUCCUACCUUAAACCCUACCUCUAUUUCCUUUCCGAUUCCGUUUCCGGUACCCGUUGCUAUAUAUUCCCAUUCCUGUUCUGAAUUUCGAAUGUCUAUUGCCUGGUUUUCCAGACAUCCACUUUAAAUUGUCCUCAAUGAAAGGUAUGCGAUGAAAGUUUAAUUAUGUUAAGUAUAUCCUCCCUGACAGAUAGAACAAGAAAAGACUUCAAGCAGAUGAAAAGCGACAUAGAGACGCUGAAGACUUUGGUUUCUGCGACCAAAGAGGAAGGUGAGUUUCCCCACACUGUAGCCCGCUGGAAAUUUAAAGUAUCCGUGUAAAAGAACUGUUAAAAGCAGGUAUUGCUGAUGAAUCAGUGAUCGUUUGUCUUACAAGUGUCUCUCUCGUGCUCUCGGAUCCCAAAACAACAGUUUUGUAUUCAAGGAGGACCCAAAGUGCUAAAACUUAUUCAUUUGCCAUCAAUUAAAAUUGUAGUUCUCUCAGCGAGAGGGAUGACGGAUGAACUAGAAACAAACACCCGAGACUGUUUAUAGUCCUCUAUUUUCCCGUAAGAUCGUGGCGUUGCAGCCGCCUAUACCAGUAGCCUGCGAGGCAGGCGCAAAACGGGGAGGGGGAGAGGAAGAAAAUCGCGUCCCUCCCUUUCCCCCUUCCUCCCAAUCACCUACUCCUUUCAAUGCCUGCUGCGCAGGUUACCUACUUAUGGUGGUCAUAUUGGUUUCAAGUGUACCUAGGUGUCGUCUAACUUUUUAAAAAAAAUUUCGGCAAGUCUUAAGUUUUGCAUUACGGUCCCAUGUGGGCCACUGUAGGUACCAGUUGAAACAAGACGCUACGGAGCGUACACUUCGGCGCCGUGGUUGUGGAACUGACUAAUUGUAAAUGCUUAGAACUUGUAAACCGUUUGACGUAAGGUUCUCGAAAAUACUAAACAGGCGAAUAGUGGUAGUUUUUCGACAUAUUUAUGAUUUCAGUGACUGAUGCAAAUCUGCUGACUCAUGCUGAAAUGUAAACAUGCCCUAAUUAAUUCGUGAAUAAUCCAAAAACGUAGACAACGUUCGAAAAAGUCACGCGACGCAUGAAAGCAAUUUUACUACGUAACACUCAACAAAGACAAAAUGUCUUUGUGCAGCAUUUUGUAACUUUAAAUUCAUCAUAAAACAGUUCGAAAGGAGGGCUCACUCGUGAAAUGUUUUUCAAAACUCGAAGAGAAAUUUCGUGUCUUUGCGCGGCCACGUGAUAUCCUCUAUUUAUUCCUCGAGUAAAUUAAAGACUAAACUCGAAGUGAUCUCAAAAUAUCACGAAGUAGUCCGGUCUCAUUUGGUGAAAUAGCCGAAACAAGCCGAAACGUCACGAACUUGCACGCCUAAUCUUGUUCCGAAACUAGUGCAUUAUUUCAUGACUAUUUUUCAUAUCCCGAAGUACCCUAGGUCGCAGUAGCGCAAUCAGCUAAUCCCUCUACUUAGAGUCUCCUUUGAUCUGACGGGUCACACAGGUGAGUCGGUUCAAAUGACGGGAAAGCCAAAAUGAUAAUUCUUUCUUCCUCGAAGAAGUUAAAGAAUAAAUCAAAGAAAUCGAAGUUAUCUCGAGAUAUCUCGAACUAAUUCGGCUCUCACUUCGUCAAAUAGCCGAAUAAAACCGAAAACCUACAGACUUCGCGUGCCCAUUCUUGUCAAAAAAAGUCAACUUUGAUACAUUCCUGAGGAUCGCGAAUCCUUUACUUCGCGCUCCGCCGAAGUAAACAAAGAAAGAUGGAGGUUUAUUGAACUCUAUUAACCAUAUCGUAAAACGGGGGAGUUGUCAGUUCUCAAACACCCAAACCUAGAGUUCAUAACCAGUAGUCCAUUUUUAUUGCUUCUCGCAAAUUUCAGUGGUCUGCUAAAAGGCUGCCGUUAAAUCAAACAAAGGGCCUUUGCCAUCUUUCAUUUCCUUAUUGAAGCCCCCCUUCUAGUUUGGAAUUUUUUACGCUCAUUGCUUUAAGGCGGUGCACAUUGGCUGAAGGAGAUAAUUAAUAACAGCUAAGUUUUGUUCAGCAAAUCGCCUUAUGCAAGCAUGGUUAUACAGGUAGUUCAAUUCAUUUAUUUCACGGGCUUGGGAAAUUGCAAACCAAACUGUUUUUAGUUAGGUCGCUAAGUGCAUUAAUUUUAUCGUUACAGGGCGGAUGCAAGCACCAAUUUUUGCAUGCAGUCUCUUUUUGACUUAUGAAAUAAAUUUAGUCGUGGAUCCAUCUGAAAUUUUUUUCUCCUCAAAGAAAGCGUGGAAAAUUAACGUUGUUUGCAUAAAUUCAAAAUGGCGGCGCCAAGGCUACAAAGUCAAGCAACUACAAUUUCGUUGCGCUUGAAAUACAACUAUGACCCGCGUUUGGUAAUAAUAAAAAUGAUAAUAAUUAUAAUAUCGUUUUAUACACCCGAAUCUGACUCGUUGAUUUAUGUUGGAUUAAAAGCUCUCGAAACUACAUGAGCCUCUUAAGCCUGCCAAAUAAUCUUUCUUAAUCGCACCUUCCAGUAAAGUACAUUAUUUCGAAGGCCGAUUGUAAGGCAGACCCAUGAAUUUUUAAAACUACUAACUCAGUCAACGAAAGAAGGGGAAGUCCCCCGUGCUCUCUCCCCCCUCUGACAUUUACUGUUUGUACUUGUAACUUCUAAAGUUUCAAGUAUUUUUUUCCCUCGUCGGCGUGCGCUACCAUACGAAAUGCAAUUGCAGAGUAGGGAACCUUUUAAGUGGGCUUUGUCAUAUUUGCAACUAGAAGAGUCUCUUUUUCCGCGAACAUUUGAUAGGCUCUUAACACGCCUUCUAAAGUUCUGGAACAUUUAGCCAAAGAGGGAUCCAUACAUUUUUUAAUUGUUCCCUCCAACCCUAUUCAUCUGGCGAAGAGAUCAUUGGCUGUAUUUCGGUACUUGUAACCCAGAUAGGAGCUUGGUACACCGCCCUUUUCGUGUGUUGUAGCAGAGGUGGUGCCACAGCCAGAAAUGGCAAGAAGCUUUGGAAGUGCUGUCGACUUUUUGGCGUCAAGGCUGGUGUAUAUAGCAUUGAUGAUGUAAAGUCUGCAGUUUUUACCUUUGCCGAAGAUGACCCAGCAGGGACAUUAUUGCCUCCUGUCUGUGUCUUCAAGAGUGUGCAGUCUUGACUGUCUUGGGAUAAAAGCUCAGGAAAAUCGGCCAUUACUGCACCAUCAGUGCAAGCUUUACUUGCCUUUGAAAAUUUUUCUGUGUUGACACACUUUGCUCGUGAUUAAGGAAGUUUGGGGAUUAUCUAGAUCGCUAUCAGAAUAAAGUAUUCUCUGUUAAACUGUUUCAGCAGUCUUGACCGCUCUUUUCCUGAAAGCAUCAAGCGUCUAAUGCAGAGUGUCCAAUUCCUAUUUUUCCUAUUUUUUGAACCUAUUCCUAUUUUCUCCUAUUUUUUAACUAAAACCUCCUAUUUUCCAAUUUUUUAGCUGGUGAAGCCAAAGUUUGUAACAAAAUUGAAAAUAGAAUUAUAGGUGUAUGUGUUUUUGAGUGAGAUUUAUCAUAAAGCAAGUAGUAUUUUGACUUUGAUGUUCUAAUAUUGGCAAAAAUAAUAGUUACAUUUGUUCUUUCCAUGUCCUCUAUUGCCUAUUAGAGUUCUGUUAACAACUUUGUUAUAUUCUUACUUUUUGUAUAAUUUGCUAGUGCACCUACAUGUAUUGUAUGUCGUGUUAUAGUUCUCAUGACUAUUGAAUAAUAAUGUGUAUAGCCUACUAAAACUGCAUUUCAGUAUGUACGCUUUCAUGUUUAUUUUUGACACUGAAAACAGGAUCAAGUUGUCCUCGCACAACAAAGGACAGAUAAAUCAUCCAAUCAGCGUCUUGUUUAAAAAAAUAAUCUCUAGCUGAUUCUCGAUGCUAAAUGAAAAGAACAGACAGUAAAGUUUAGUUUACAGCGCUAGCCCCCUUGGUGAGCCCUUUAGCUUGUUAACAGCUAUCGGCUAAGCAACUGACGAAGGAUUCAAUAUUUUGUUUGCGAAACCGGUCUUGCAGUCAUAGCUAAGCAGAGUGUUAUAUUCUUCUUAAAACUUAACCAUUCUUUCCCCUCAGAAAAGUAUCAUAAUUAUAACAUAGCUUCUGUAGGAGCGCCCAAGAGUUUUCACAUGCUUCUGUGGUGUGGAACAUUCAGGGGCACCCAACGACUGUUUCUGUAAAAUAUCUGUUCGGAGAAGCAAAAACUGCCUAGAAUUUUCUAUAGCUUGAGGAAUGCUAAAAUGUUCUAGAUAAACCUUUCGUUCAUGUAAAACUUUCGAUGCAUAUGUAAUAAAUUCCCUACGAUUUUCUUGUUUAAUUUUUUGAAUUUCACUCCCCAGGUUAAACUAUUUUUCGUAGAAAAAGCAAUCCUUAAUUUUUCGGAUUCGAAAAUGUGAUGGAAAGAGCAAUCAGAACAAUUGUUACUUUCGUAAACUUUAAAUUGUAUCUAAAAUUUUCGGGAAAAUAGUACUGAAGCCUUCCCUAGAAUGACCAAACAGAUACAAAUUUUAUAGCGCCGCUUAAAAUGCAUUUCUAGAGAUCAAAAAGUACUCUAGGUAGCCUAAAGAUUGUUUUCAAUGUAUUUCACAGAAACCGUCGUUGGGUGCCCUGAAAAUUACGCAUGUUUGUACACACAAAAAUCCGCCUGGAUCCACGGAUUAAAAUGUUUAAUAGUCAGUAAGGAAACAUUCUGGCGAUUUUGGUGCUUGUAUCCGCGAUGUAACGUUAUUGCGAAAAUUUGGCCUUAAGCGACAUGACUAUUUAGACAAAUACCUACAACAAAGUUUGGUUCUCAUUUAUUCUCAACAGCUGGCUUGGUUGCCGAGCAUAUUGAAAUCAUUCGCCAGAAGUACAAGCGUCAUGAGGGAUGGCUCGCACCCUUUCCUUGGUGUGAAGACUUUCAGUUUCAACUAAGCGAUAUUUAUACACGGCUUCGUAUGGUCAGCAGAGAGAAAAAAGCGAGAGGAACAGCGGAGCAGAGAGUUGUUGAAACGACUGAAAUCUUCAAACCCCACGAAGAAUGCGACCGACCUAGAAAAGUAUUGAUCGAAGGAACGCCAGGUAUGGGAAAGACGACAUACUGCAAUAAGGUUGCCUACGACUGGGCUAUACACAUAAACAAAGAAGGAGACUGCUUUCCGGAAUUUGAGAUAGUGCUCCUGCUGAAAUGCCGUGAUGUCGAGAUCGAGUCCGACCUUUGGGAAGCCAUUGACGAUCAGCUUUUGCCAGGUGAAAUUCACCGAAAGGAAAGAGAGAAAUUCUUCGAGAGCAUUCGGCAAAAUCAAUCAAAGGUCCUACUGAUACUUGAUGGAUUGGACGAGCUACCUUCGAGCAAACUGCCGGAGUUUACCGAUAUCAUACAAGGUAAAAUACUUCCCCUAUGUCACCUUGUGGUUACAGCGCGACACGAGGCUGGGAUACCAGUGAGAAAAGUUUGUGACACUCUGCUAGAGAUUGAAGGUUUCACUUAUCAGGAUAUCAAAGAAUUUAUUCACAAAUAUUUUGUCGGCAAGGAAGAUUGGGCCGAAAAGCUCUUGGAUAAAAUACAGAACGAGAAAAGUCUCACAGAGAUGGCGGCAAACCCUUUAAACACUGCACUGCUUUGUCUUCUUUGUGAAGACUUUCAAGGUAUUUUACCUGAAAGCAGAACUCAGUUGUACUCGGAAAUAGUACAAUGUGUUCUUAUCAGGUACAGGAAAAAGAGAGGUCUUCCAGUGCAAAAUGAGGAUCUGAUUGAAAUCUACAAAGAUCAGUUGAAACUCCUUGGCUUGAUAGCUUUAAACGGCCUGUAUGAAGACAACAUGUACUUUGAGGACAAAAAGCUUUCAAGUGAAAAUGCCGACUUACCUGAAUUUGGCUUUCUGUCAGCUCAACCUGGAAGCAGCAAACGAAGGCCGUGUCUGUGCUACGGCUUUACGCAUAAGAGUUUUCAAGAAUUCUUCGCAGGGUAUUAUCUUUGUUGCCAGCUUGUUAGUGAAGAAAUCAAUCCCUUUAUAUUAGUCAACGACACAAGACAUUUCCAAGAGCUGAGAGAGGUAUUAAAAUUUACCUGUGGUCUGCUAGCAGUGAGAUCUCAAGAAAGUGCAGUAUCCCUUAUCCUCUGCAUAGCGAAUGAGGUAAACGAAGAAGAUGAGAGAGAAUGUUUACCUGUCGCAUUGGAGUGCAUAAAAGAAUGCAAAAUUGAAAACAGUUAUUUUCAUAUAGAACUGGCACGUACGUUUGGCCUAUUUCUGGAAGUUCAAGAGGCUGAUCUUCAAGAGGAAGGUAUAGGUGAUGCUGCUGCUCCUGUGCUUGCUGCUGUACUUGAAACAAACACAACUCUGACAAAUUUGGAUUUGUCUGGCAAUAACCUUGGUCCUGCCGGUGCUGAGUCACUUGCUACAGCGCUUAAAACAAACACAACUCUGACAAAUUUGGAUUUGUCUGGCAAUAACCUUGGUCCUGCCGGUGCUGAGUCACUUGCUACAGCGCUUAAAACAAACACAACUCUGACAAAUUUGGAGUUGUCUGACAAUAACCUUGGUCCUGCUGGUGCUGAGUCACUUGCUACAGCGCUUAAAACAAACACAGCUCUGACAAAUUUGGAGUUGUCUGACAAUUACCUUGGUCCUGCCGGUGCUGAGUCACUUGCUACAGCGCUUAAAACAAACACAGCUCUGACAAAUUUGGAGUUGUCUGGCAAUAACCUUGGUCCUGCCGAUGCUGAGUCACUUGCUACAGCGCUUAAAACAAACACAGCUCUGAGAAAUUUAGAGUUGUCUGGCAAUAACCUUAGUCCUGCCGGUGCGGAGUCACUUGCUACAGCGCUUAAAACAAACACAGCUCUGACAAAUUUGAAUUUGUACCGCAAUAACCUUGGUCCUGCCGGUGCUGAGUCACUUGCUACAGCGCUUAAAACAAACACAACUCUGACAAAUUUGGAGUUGUCUGACAAUAACCUUGGUCCUGCUGGUGCUGAGUCACUUGCUACAGCGCUUAAAACAAACACAGCUCUGACAAAUUUGAAUUUGUCUGGCAAUAACCUUGGUCCUGCUGGUGCUGAGUCACUUGCUACAGCGCUUAAAACAAACACAACUCUGACAAAUUUGGAUUUGUCUGGCAAUAACCUUGGUCCUGCUGGUGCUGAGUCACUUGCUACAGCGCUUAAAACAAACACAACUCUGACAAAUUUGAAUUUGUCUGGCAAUGACCUUGGUCCUGCUGGUGCUGAGUCACUUGUUACAGCGCUUAAAACAAACACAACUCUGACAAAUUUGAAUUUGUCUGACAAUAACCUUGGUCCUGCUGGUGCUGAGUCACUUGCUACAGCGCUUAAAACAAACACAACUCUGACAAAUUUGGAUUUGUCUGGCAAUAACCUUGGUCCUGCUGGUGCUGAGUCACUUGCUACAGCGCUUAAAACAAACACAGCUCUGACAAAUUUGGAGUUGUCUGACAAUAACCUUGGUCCUGCUGGUGCUGAGUCACUUGCUACAGCGCUUAAAACAAACACAGCUCUGACAAAUUUGGAGUUGUCUGGCAAUCACCUUGGUCCUGCUGGUGCUGAGUCACUUGCUACAGCGCUUAAAACAAACACAACUCUGACAAAUUUGGAGUUGUCUGGCAAUAACCUUGGUCCUGCUGGUGCUGAGUCACUUGCUACAGCGCUUAAAACAAACACAGCUCUGACAAAUUUGAAGUUGUCUGACAAUAACCUUGGUCCUGCUGGUGCUGAGUCACUUGCUACAGCGCUUAAAACAAACACAGCUCUGACAAAUUUGUAG